UAUGAAGAGGAAAAUGAAGUCGAAGAAUUAUAUGUCCCCCACCCAUAUGGUAUUAAACCAAAGGGUAAUUACUAUUUUGAUUCAUUAAACAAAGAUUUUUAUGACACAAGAAAAAAUGGAUUGGGGUUAUUUAAUGUAUUUGAAGAUAAUUUUAUUUUAGAUUCAAUUUUAGAUUUAUUAGAUGAAAAAACUUUGAGUCAAGUUAUUAGUUUAGUUAGUAAAUCAUUUUAUAUUUAUGUUCAAGAAGAAGAGCAAUGGAAAAUUAGAACCAUCAAUAAAUUUUCAAAUGGUGAAUUUAAAUAUAAUCAUAGUUGGCAAUAUACAUUUAAAUCAAAUUCAGAUAAAUCAUUCAAAACUAUACCAAAACCAAUUCAAGUAAAAUAUUUCUACUCAGAUUACUUAUUCCAUAUUCAUAGAUGUUCCACCGUCGAUCUCAGUCAAUUUGAAGAAGGUGAUACAAUUGAAAGACGUUCAGGUUUGACAGCUGAAGAGUUUACCAACGAAUAUUUAAUCCCAAAUAAACCUGUUAUCCUUCAAGAUGCAACUAAAGAUUGGUUAGCUAGAAAUUGGACAAGGGAAACUUUAGCUCAAAAAUGUGGUGAUACUAAACUUUAUGUCAAUGCUGGUGUAUUUAUGAAUGUUGCAGAUUUCUUUGAAUACAGUAGACAGUGCACUGAAGAAAUGCCAAUGUAUCUUUUCGAUCAUUAUUAUGGUGAAAAGGUACCAGAACUUAUUAAAGAGUAUUCCACCGAACAUAUUUUUAAAGAGGAUAUUUUUUCAGUUUUAGGUGAUAAAAGACCUAGUUUUAGAUGGCUUUUAGCAGGCCCAAAAAGAUCAGGUGCAUCCUUCCACAAGGAUCCAAAUCAUACAUCAGCUUGGAAUGCAGUUAUUACAGGUAGAAAGAAAUGGGUUAUGUAUCCUCCACACGUUGUCCCACCAGGUGUACAUCCAUCAGACGACGGUUUAGAAGUUACUGCCCCAUCAUCCAUUAUUGAAUGGUUUUUAAAUUAUUAUGAAAAACCAAAUAAAAAGAAUUCAGAGGAGGAUGAAAUUGCAAAACAACAAAAAGAAAAUGAUAAAAAGCAAACAAGAUUCAAAUCAAGAGAUAAGAAAAUUUCAAAUAAGGCUAUUCAAGAAAAACAACAAAAGCAACAACAACAACAACAGGAACAGGAUACUUAUGAAAACGUUAAGCCAUUAGAGGGUAUUUUAAAUGCAGGUGAAUUAAUCUAUGUACCAUGUGGAUGGUGGCAUUGUGUUUUAAAUUUAGAAGAAUCGAUUGCAGUCACUCACAACUUUAUUGAUUCACAAAACAUUCUCAAUGUAGUCGAUUUUAUGGCAACAAAAAAGAAAAAAGAUUUACAUGACGAAUUCAACAAAGCCUUUGAAGAGAAAUACCCAGGUAAAUUAGAAAAAUUACGUGAAGAAAGAAAACAAAAAGAAGAAGAAAAAUUAAAAUCAAAGAAAAAAUCUUUAUGGGAAACUACAACCGAUAACAAUACAUCAAAUAAAUCAUUUUCAUUUUCAUUUUCAAUUUCCCAAGAU